AUUUGUUCCAUCUAUGACAUCAGAAAAGUGCUCCAAGUUCUGUGAAUAUUGGUACACAGAAUGUCAUCACAGAGGACUGAGAAUAUAGAACAAAAUUCAACCAGUUUAACCAAACCAAAGAAGUGAAUGAGGAAGAGCUUAACUGAACAAUACUGGACUGAGCAGAACAAACUGAACAGAACAGAGGAUCCAACAAAGACUGAACAGAAAACCAGGACUAAAAUACAAACUGAACAAAUGAGGAAAUGGGAAACAGGCAAGGAGCUGAUUGGCUGGGGGAAACACAGGGCUGAUGAGGCUGAUGCAGGGCAGGUGUGGGGGAAACACAGGGAGCACACAAUCACUGCUCUCCAUUCCUCACACCCAGUGAAAAAACAAAGGUGAUUGAAUAUUUUCAGUUUUUCGCCCUAAAUUUUGGAAUAGUUUGCUACUAACAAUUAGAUCUUACCCAUCCACUGAUAUCUUUAAACCUCGUCUAAAGACACAUCUCUUCUCUUUAGUCUCUUAAUUGUCAUCUUGAAGACAUUUCUAACCACACUCUGGCUUUGUUUCUUUGUAUUUUAUUUGUUGUUUGUGCAAUGCUGUUUGUGAUUUUAUCAAUAUAUUCUAUGCUUUUAUUCAUUUACUUGUAUCCUCUUAUUUAAAUCUGUGUUUUUAUUUGAUCCUUCCUGUGUUUAUAUUUGAUCAUUCAUGUGUUUUUGUUUGAUUGUAACCAUCAAUCAAAUAAUCCCAUAAUUCAAUCUCUCUGUGAAGCACUUUGGUCAACGGUUGUUGUUUUUAUGUGCCAUAUUAAUAAAUUGACUAGACUUGACUUGGUUUUUACUAAUCAUUCUUCUUGAGAAAUAUAAAUCUACUAUGGCAUCAGACAGACACAAUCCACCUCCUAAAAAAAACACUCUGUCCUUCAAACUCCCCACAAACUACAAAUGUCUGGAAAUUGUGGGGAAGGGAAGCUUUGGAGUUGUGGCAAAAUGUUAUAAACGAGACUCCGGGGAGACUGUGGCUGUAAAAAUAUCCAGAAACACCAGCAAUGCAAAGAAAGAGUUGUCAAUGCUGCAAAACCUCAUGAGGCAAGAACUGGAUAAGCACAACAUUGUCCGGUUUCAAGAGUGGUUCCAAAUGGACAAAAGAACUGCACUGGUGUUUGAGAUACUAGACAUCAGCCUUCAUGAUCGCUGGAGAAAGAGAAUUUUAGUUCCUAUUCAGUUACAGGAUGUCAGAACUGUCGUCCAGCAGCUGGCCACUGCGCUCAAUGCUCUGAAGAACGUUGGUGUGAUCCACACAGAUAUCAAAAUGGACAAUAUCAUGCUGGUGGAUCAUCUCAGACUGCCCUUCAGGGUGAAGCUUAUUGACUUUGGCUUGGCAAUUCUCAGAUCAGAAGCCCGACAGGGAGGUUUAUAUCAAACUUGUUACUGCAGGUCACCAGAAAUUAUUCUAGGGGCACCGUUCUCUGAGGCAAUUGACAUGUGGUCGCUGGGGUGUGUUAUGGCGGCAAUGCUUGGUGUGAUCCUUUUCCCUGGGACCUCUGAACAUGACUUGAUAAGAUACAUGAUCGACCUCUUCGGCCAACCAGAUGAUAACUAUCUGGAUUCAGGGAUGAAAUCAAGACUGUUUUUUGAAAAACAGUCUAGCGGUCGGUGGAGUUUGAAGAUAGGCGAAGAUACUGAGAACCCCAAAUACCAGAGGACCUACAAAUUCCGCUCUCUGGAUGCUCUGAAAAAGCUGGAUUUGGAUGACGAGGCCCAGGCAGAAGUGGCGGACAGAUGGGAGUGCAUCGAGCUCUUAAAAGAGAUGCUCAAAAUGAAUCCAGGAGAGAGGAUUUCCCCGAGCCAAGUCCUCAGCCAUCCCUUUAUUAUCAAGAGCCAUCUGAAGGAUAUCUCUCUGUCGACAUACACAUCGCCCCCAGAGUAUGUGGAUGAGUGGCCCAGGGAGUCCAAGAAGAGCAGCUGUCAAGGUCUGUGGACGACAGCCAGGGAGGAAAUUUCCAAGACCAGUAACUGCUCUGUUGGCAUCUUCUGGUCAGCUUUAACUACGAUAAAACACCAAGACGUCCUGGAUCAGCCCACUAACUCAGGCAGAUCUCAAGUGAUUUGGAUGACAGCAGACGUGCUUGAGAGCAUCGACAGCACUGCUGACAUCUUCCACUCCUCUUUAACAACAAGUCCACCGGAGGAUGUCCCGGAUCAGCUGAUGAAUUCAGAAAACAGCAGCUCUCCAGAAGAUUGGACAACAGCCAGGGAGGAGUUUUCUGAGAACGUUAACAGCUCUCCUGGACUUUUCUGGUCAAUGUCUCCUCUUGAAGAUUUCCUGGAUUUUCCCACCGAUUCAGGAACAUCUUGAGAGAUCUGUAUGAUGGCAGAAAAGGAUGUCUUUGA